AGAGGAGCAGCCAGCAAUUACACAAUCAAAACCUUCUUUUUCCUGCUCUCUCACUCUCACUCCCCCACACAUUUCUUAGCAGGUCCCCCCCUUCUGCCUUUAUCUCUCUCUCUCUACAGGAAUUCUGCUCCUUUAAUUUUCUCCUCCAUUGUUAAAGCAUUUCCCCUCCAUUGCUAAAGCGAAGCGAAAACCCGUAAAGUUCUGAUAUUUGUGACUUCAAAGUACCAUCUUUUAGGCUGCUUUUCUCUCGCGCUUUUGAACGGGUGGUCCACUGGUUUGCCUGCUGGGUUUCUUUCGCUAUACACCUUUACUUUGUUUUUUAGCAUCUGGGUCUUUGUGGGCCUCUCAAUCCUCUCUUGGUAGGGCUGCCCUAGAAAGAGUCAAUUGUAUGUGUUUUUGUAUCUGAAGAUUCAAGGCUCUCUCAAUUACUGGAACAAAGAUUGAGGUUUUUUCAAGGCUUCCAUUCUUGAAUGAGUUGCAAGUGAUGAUAGAUUGAUAGGAGAAGGGUUCAUGAAUUAAACUUGGCAGCCGAAUAUGUGCUUGGCCAGCCGGGUAAAAUUUAGGUAUCUAUUUUCGUUUCAAUGGCGUCGAAAUCUGGUGUGAAAGGUUCCCUGGAGAGGCUGAACAGGACAACUGGAAAUCAGACAUCCGAAAGGAAUUCUAACACACAAAUCUCAAAGAGUUGCAACGUUGAGGAUUUAACUCCCAAAGAGUUUCCGGGGGAUGUUCGAGAAGCGUCUAAGCAGCUUAGAACAGAUACACCAGUCAACAAGAAGCCACACAGCUCCCAGCAGAAUGGAUCUGCCAAUUCUCUUGUUGAAAGAUUGGAUUCGAGCUUGUCUUUGGGUAUUUUAAAGCAUCCACCUUUGGGUUUAAGAGAUGAUCUAGAAAAGGAAGAUACCGGGAAUGUUUUAGCCUCGACCAAAGUUAGUGAUGGCACCAGCAGCAUUGCUAAGACGAGUGGAAGUGCCAAAAUUAGCGACCAAGCUGAUUUUAUGGAGAGCGGGAAGAGUAGCAUCUACCGGGGCAGCACGAGCACUGACGUAAGUGAUGAUAGCACCUGUAGUAGCUUGAGCAGCAGCAUUAAUAAGCCUCACAAAGCAAAUGACUCGAGAUGGGAAGCCAUCCAAGCUGUCCGAGCUAGAGAUGGGGUCAUGGAAUUGAGGCAUUUCCGAUUGAUAAAGAAGUUGGGGAGUGGCGAUAUCGGGAGUGUACAUCUUUCGGAGUUGUGUGGCACCAAGUGUUAUUUUGCCAUGAAAGUUAUGGACAAAGCAUCGUUGGCAAACCGAAAGAAAUUGCUCCGUGCUCAAACAGAAAGAGAGAUACUUCAAUCUCUCGACCAUCCGUUUCUUCCAAGUUUAUAUACCCAUUUCGAGACAGAAAGGUUUUCGUGUCUCGUGAUGGAGUUUUGUCCGGGAGGAGACUUGCACACACUUCGCCAGAGGCAACCGGGAAAGCAUUUUUCUGAACAAGCAGUGAAGUUCUAUGUUGCAGAGGUCCUUCUUGCUCUAGAAUAUCUUCACAUGCUUGGCAUUGUCUACCGUGACCUCAAGCCCGAAAACGUCCUUGUCAGGGACGAUGGGCACAUUAUGCUCUCCGACUUUGACCUCUCCCUUCGCUGUGCUGUCAGUCUAACAGUUGUCAAGUCAUCGUCUCUCGAGACGGAACCCCUCAGGAAAAAUUCUGUUUACUGUGUCCAGCCUGCCUGCAUCCAGCCAUCCUGUGCGGUCCCCACGACGUGUUUUGGGCCCCGCUUUUUCUCGGGCAAGUCGAAGAAAGAGAGGAAGCCCAAGAACGAAGUUGGUAACCAAGUCAGCCCCUUACCCGAGCUCAUUGCUGAGCCAACCGGAGCUCGUUCCAUGUCGUUCGUGGGGACCCACGAGUAUCUGGCGCCCGAGAUUAUCAAAGGGGAAGGGCACGGCAGUGCUGUGGACUGGUGGACUUUCGGGAUCUUCCUGUACGAGUUGUUAUUUGGUAAGACGCCUUUCAAGGGAUCAGACAAUCGAGCUACCCUUUUCAACGUGGUUGGGCAGCCUCUACGCUUCCCAGAAUCCCCGGUUGUCAGCUUUUCUGCUAGAGAUCUGAUUCGAGGCCUGCUCGUGAAAGAGCCACAGAAUCGUCUUGCAUAUAAACGGGGAGCUACCGAGAUUAAGCAGCAUCCAUUCUUCGAAGGGGUAAACUGGGCAUUAAUCCGCUGUGCUAGCCCUCCCGAGGUCCCCAGGCCGGUCGACUUUGAGAGGAUUCAAGCCCCGCCACCGCCAUCAACAACCAAGAAAGCUGCUGGUGGAGCUCUCCCUUACCAUCAAAAUCCAGACAACUAUCUUGAAUUCGAUUUCUUCUAAGCGGAUUGACUCACAUUUUGGUUUGGCAGUUGGCACAACCAAAUGAAAUGAACGUACAAGGUUACAAGUGUAUGUUUGGAAUGUUGGUAGUUAAUGAUGAUACUAUCUGUGUUUUGUGAACGGUUGGGUUCAAUUUUGUUGUACUGCAAAUAUUCUCUAGUGUUUACGCUAUUAUUGGUCAGAAAUGCAGGCGAUGUUUCAA